AUGCGUCAUGGCUUUGGAAGCCCAGUAAGCCCCAGAAGAACGUUGAUUUGUUCCCCACUAAUAAUCAAUGGUAGCAAGUUCGUCCUCGUCACAGGAGCCACUGGCUUCAUCGGCGCCCAUGUCGUCGACACCCUGCUGGAACGCGGCAUUAAAGUCCGUGGUGCUACAAGGUCGAUAGAGAAGGGGAAUACAAUGAUCAAGGCUCGACCUCAGCAUGCUGCAAACCUCGAGUUUGUUCAGAUCCAGGAUUUUGAGAAUCCUGGCGGACUGGGAGAGGCCGUCCAAGGUGUUGAUGGUGUGAUCCAUGUCGCCAGCCCGUUUACCUACGACACGACCAACAAUGAGAAGGAACUGGUAAUUCCAGCCAUCAACGGCGUUCGGGCAAUCCUAGAGGCCUGCACCACAAACCCUGCGAUCUCCCGUUUGGUUAUCACCUCCUCAUUCGCUUCUGUUGUCGACAUCGCACGAAAAGGGCCAUACGCGUACACAAGCAAAGACUGGAAUCCCCUAACUUACGAAGAAGCCGUCGCUCCCACAAGUGAAGCGGUGGUUGCCUACCGAGGCUCCAAGAAGUUUGCAGAGCUUGAAGCGUGGAAGUUUGUCAAAGAGCGCAAGCCACACUUUGACAUUGUUACUCUUUGUCCUCCAAUGACGUUUGGACCUAUUGUUCAUCCAAUCUCUGGCAUAGACAAACUCAACGAGUCUAAUGCGGUUCUUUGGUCCGUCGCGAAAGGAGUCUCCCCUCUGCCGGUGUCGAGGGUUCCGUUCUGGAUCGACGUUCGCGAUCUUGCGACGGCUCAUGUUCAGGCCCUCCUGGUGAAGGAUGCUGGAGGAAAGCGAUUCACGCCGACUGCGCCUGAAAAGUUCACUUAUGGACUGGCAGCGCAGCUGAUGGUGGAAGAGUUUCCAAAGUUGAAGGAUGUUGUCAAGCCAGAAGAACAGGUUAUCGACGAGAGUAAGAGUCUGGAUGGAGAAACCGCCGGGAGAGAACUCGGAUACGAAUAUCGCACAUUUCGCCAAACUGUCAAGGAUUUCAUCUCUCAGGCCAUCACCUUGAACAACAGCAGAUAA